AUGGAUAAUUACUCUUUUAAUUGGAUUGUGAUUUAUGGUUCAAAUAGUAUUGGGGAGAGACAGAGACUUUGGUCCAAGCUAGUUGAUUUGUCCAAGAGUAUUAGAGGUCCUUGGUUUAUUCAGGGUGACUUCAAUGCAGUCCUUUGUGAUGAAGAUAGAUGUUGUGGUACCCAUUUAGAUUAUGAUCAUUCAUAUGAGUUAAGCAACUGUAUUUUAGCAGCUGGGAUCAAAGAAUUGAGGAGUGUUGGAUGCCAUUUUACUUGGAACAAUAAACAAAUUGGGGAUAACAAGAUUUGGAGAAGACUUGACAGAGUUUUUGUAAAUGAGAAUGUCUAUGAUAGCAAUCUUAGAGCUCAUUUUGAUGCUAUCCCUGCAGGUAUUUCUGAUCAUUGUCCGAUUGUUACUAUUAUUCAAAAAGAUAUUAGAGGAAAUCAGAGAAGUUUGAGGUUUUUUAACUUCUGUACUACUCAUAGUGAUUUUAGCUCCAUUAUUGAAGAGGAAUGGAAGAACUACAGAAUUGUUCAAAAGCUUAAGGCCAUUAGCAUAAGAUUGAGCAGAAUAAACAAAGCCCAGUUUGCUAAGAUAUCCAACAAAGUUUUGAUCCAUAGAAAGAGACUCAACAGGAUUCAAAUUGAUAUUCAGAAAGAUCCCAAUAACAUCUAUUUGAUGGAAGAAGAGAAUGUUAUGGCUAGACACUUCAGGUAUUUGCUUAAGUGUGAACAGAGUUUUUUUAAGCAAAAAUAUAGGGUCCAAUGGCUUAGUUUGGGAGACUCUAAUACUAAGUUCUUCUAUAAUUCUAUUAAAGCUAGAAAAAUGGUGAAUUCUAUCCCCCUUUUGAAGCUAGAUUAUGGGAGAAUCAUUAACUCUAGUGAAGAGAUUAUUAAAGAAAUGACUAGCUAUUUCAAGCUGUUGUUUAGCAAAAAUGACAUGGGCAGAAGUCAAAUUAGCAGAAACACUAUCAGUAGUGGGAAUGUUAUUUCUAAUGAGGAUAGCACUAAUCCGAUGAAGAAAGUCACUAUGGAGGAAGUGAAAAAUGUUGUCUUCUCCAUUAGAUCGGACAAAGCAGCUGGGCCUGAUGGUAUCAAUGGGUACUUCUUCAAAAGCUACCUGGAAUACUAUAAAAGAUGA